UCAUGGUUCAGUGAAUAUCAAAACAGAAACGGUUUUUUUUUUGUCAUGUGAAACAGUUCUGCCUUAAAAUGACAUAUAUUUUGAGAUGGAACGCUAUGUUGUUGUCAGCAUCAGUAUUAUUGAUAUUUUUGAUUUUAAAAACUCAUUGUCAAGUUUUAAGGAAACCUUAUCCUGAUGUUUUCAGAGACAGCGUUAGAGGUCGACAAUAUCCCAAUGAAUACUAUGACAGAUAUUCUCCCAAUAUUCGUUACCACGCCUGGGAUAGCUCUUCAUCCGUCCCCAUUGGUUUUAAUUCAAUCUAUAGCGAUUCUAGAUGCUUAAAGAAUAGAGCUCAGCAGAUUAAUGACGACAGCUCAGUUUCAGUUUCUCUAAGAGUAGGAGAUGUUGUUGGUACUUAUGUAUAUCUCUGUGACGGUCCUGGUGUAUCGGAAUUUGAUAGACCUGAUAACCGAUUAAACCAGCCUCCUAAAAUUUAUAAGAAUAUUACUAUAUUCUUAGGCAUUCCAUAUGCUCUUCCUCCUACACCAGAAGAUGACCGGAGGUUUAGACCACCUCAAGUACAACCUCACUUUGCAUCUAAACGCACAGUACAGUAUCGCAGUUCUUGCCCACAACAACCUGUAUAUACUGGAAUAAAAACUGGUAUCACAGAUACUGAUGAAAAUUGUUUAUAUUUGAAUGUUUUUUCACCUUCAGUUACAUCAAAUGAAAAAUAUGCUGUCAUGGUUUAUAUUCAUGGAGGUGACUGGGACCAUGGUAGUGCUAAUACUUUUCCUGCACAGAUGUUUGCAGCAUCACAAGAAGUAGUUGUUGUCACUUUUAACUAUCGUCUAGGACCACUAGGAUUUUAUGGAACUGGAGAAAAUUCAUCUGCUGGUAAUUUUGGCUUAUUGGAUCAGGCAUUGGCCAUUGAAUGGGUUUAUGACAAUAUCGAAGCUUUUAAAGGAGAUAAUGAGAGAAUUACUCUCUUUGGACCUGGAGUUGGUGCUGCAAGUGCUGGUAUUCAUGCAUUUUCUCUUAGACUUGGAAAAAAGAUUCGACGUGUUAUAGCUCAGAGUGGUUCAGCUGUUGCUGAUUGGGCAGUAACUAGAAGUAAUUAUACUGUUGUUCAUCAAAGUAAGGAAUAUGCUUCAUUGUAUAAUUGCAAUUUCCAGUCAUCUUAUCGAACAGUGACAUGUCUGCGAGGAGCACCUUUAAAUUUCUUUGAAUCUACAUAUUUUAAACCAUCUGUGGGAUGGUAUCCUUGGACUCCUGUAAUAGAUUUUUGCACUCGAGGGAUUAGUCGUGGAAUUUUACCUGACCUUCCUGAAAAUUUGAUCAAAUCACCUUAUAGAAACUUUCAUGAUGAUUUUGCAUACCUCACAGGCGUGACUAAAGAUGAAGCCGUUUCAAUGCUGUUGCAAGAUCCUGAAUUGAAAAGAAAUAACUUUAGAGUUACAAAAGAGAAACUUGAAAGAAAAAUUCGCGAAUUUGCAUCAGUGUUCAACUAUACUUUAGAUAUUCCAGCAUUGACAAAAGCUAUCCAGUUUAUGUAUACACCUAAAGAAAAAGAUGCUGAAAACGAAACGUUAUUAAGAGAAAGUUAUGUUAAUAUGAUGUCCGAUAGUUAUUUCAAAGCACCAACCGAUAAAAUGCUGAAGCUUCUUCUUCAACAACAAAUUCGAACAUAUAUGUAUGUUUUGAAUAAUUCUCUGGAUGGUCUGCGUUUUGUUCAAGGAAAUCCUAAAAAUUCCUCCUUUUGGAAAGACGUUGUUCCACAUGACUCUGAGUACUAUCUUGUCACUGGUGCGCCUUUCAUGGAUCCAAAAUUGUAUCCAAGUGACCUGAAUCUUCAUGAAGCUAGGUGGACUGAAGCAGACCGAAACCUUAGUAUGUUUUUCAUGACAGCUUGGGCAAACUUUGCCAAAUUUGGCAAUCCAACUCCAGCCAAACUUUUUGAUAGCAUUUUAUGGGAGCCUGUGGAUUUGAAACAUAUGCAGUAUUUAUUAAUAAAUACUACGAAUUACACUUCAGUGAUGAUGUCCAGCUAUCAUCAGAAGGAAAGCCAAUUUUGGAACUCUUAUUUGCCUACUUUAAUGAAACAGGAAUUUUUCCCUGCUACUUAUUGCCAGCCUUUGUAUGAAGAAUGGCAAAACCAAAAGCAUGUUUAUGAAGCAUCUUUAUGGGGAGUUUUGGCAGCUAUUGCAUUAUCAAUCAUUUUGUGUCUUCUUUGCACCUGUUUGUAUUGCAGAGCUAAAAGUAAACAUAUUGUCAGUACUGAGGAUAUACCUGAUGCUGUGUCUGUUACACCAUCAUCUAUUGAUACAUUAUUGCACAUGAAAAGGAUGGAAGCAGGAAAUAAGUACCUUGCAGAGCGUCUUCGUGGAGAACAAAAGCAUACCCAAGUUUGACUGAUUUUAUUUCAGUUUCACAUCAAUAAGGAUCACAUCUUUAGAAAAACAUUUUAUUCUUCAGUGAAGAAAUCGAUUUUCUACUGUAUCUGUGAUUAUUUAUUAAUAUGUAUGCUUUUGCAUAUUAUUAUUAAUGUUAACAUAUGCCAUUCCAAAAAUGAAAAAGGAAUGACAAAAAUAGUUAGAUAUACUAUCGUAUACGAUAGUUCUAAGUGACAAUUAUUUCUUAAUAGUUUAACUAUAUGUGCAUUGUGAUGUCCAGUAAAUUCCCAAAAAAUGACUUUAUCGAGACUGAUUCAAAACAAAUAUCGUACAAAAUGGUUUUUUAUCUAGGCUAUCUGUUUAUAUUUUUAAUCGAACAAGAGAAUGAUAGAUAGAUCUCUUGUUGAUCCGUCCUCAUUUGUAAUGACGUUUUUUGAGAAAUGGUUCUGUGAAAGAAUAAAAUUAUAAAUCAUAAAAUUUUAACUGUUAAAAACUUCUGAAUUUUUUCUAAAAGAAUUAAUAUGUUAUAAACUGUAUAGAUACGAAGAGAAAUAUAUAUUUGUGUAAAGAAUAUGUAUAGAAAUCGAAUAUUAACGGAGUUAUAUAUAUUGUGAGGUAAGAAUUUAGAAGUAGAAAUAACCUUUCAGUUUCCAUUUUAAAGACAUAUUACAAUAAUAACUUUCUUAAAGAACUUAAGUAAUUGAAAUAUACUUGCUAAAUUUCAUAAAAGGAAUUUUUCUAAAAAAACUACAAUAAUAUACCUUUUCUGAAUCAGGAAGGACUACAGAUAUGAAAUAAUAUAAUAAAGUAAUAUGAUAUAAAAAUUAUGGAAUAAUUUUGGUGAAAAGAGAUAUCUUAUUUCUGAAUUUUUACAGAAAUAAUGGUGUGUAUUGUAAAGAUAUUUUGUAAUUUUUCAUUAAACAUUGUUUAUUCUGUAAGGUAUACUGGAUCUUGUUCAAUUUUAGACGUUACUUUUUUUUUUUAACUGUGUAAUAUUGUGCUUUAAAGGAAAAUUCAAAAUUAUAUUCACCUUAAAAGUUUAUUUCUUAUUUCAUUUCGACAUUUUGAAAUCUUCUGUUGUAAUGAAUUCCAUUUCGUGAGUAAAAGCUUUAUUAGUUAUUUGGUGUAAGUGCAAGUAUUUUUUCCCUAUUUUUAAUUAGGGUAUAUAUUUUACUUCUUAAAGGAAUACUUUUCCAUUAAUAUUAUCAUUAAUUUAUUCAUUAAUAAUAUUUUUGCAUCUUCUGAGAGUUUGUGAUGGGAUAGGUGUGUUAUGUUUUGUUUAUGUCUUGCUAAUUUAAAGUUUUCAAUAUUUUGUUUAAAACAUUUUUUUAAAAUUUUCAUUAAUUGCAAAAAUUACGAAUAUUAUAAUUUGAAAAUUAUUUUAGUGCUUUUAAUAUGGUUACAGUAAUAAUUUAAUAUGGCAUGAAGAUUUAAAAUUAACCUUUAAAAAGAAAACGCGAUUUCAUACAUUCGGUAUUCUGUAAAUUUCUUAACUUAUCUAGUUUAAUGAUAAAAGCUACGCAAUUUCCUCUUAUUUACAAGCGAUCAGGAAAAUAUUUUCUUCGUUUGAAAACAGAAAAUAUUUAAGGCAAAAUUGAUUGCAUAUUUUGAUUGCCGGAUUGUCUUAGAAAUAUGUAUUUGCACCAUCAAAAGUUAAGAUGAAAACUUAUCACUUUCAACCCUACCGACGAAAUAAAAACUCCAUGAAAAGACAAAUAUCAAUUCUUCCGACUGUUGAUUUCAUUUUUUUUGUUUUUUGUUUUUUUAUACAAAAAAUAAAUGAAAAUAGUAAAGAUAUUCUUCAGAUAUAUAUUAGAAAGUUCAUCCUAUCUAAACUGGCAUAAGAGACAAAUUUUAGGCCACAGAAACCUGUAAUUGGAAGUAUCUGAAAGACGAGAUAUUUCGUCGGUAGCGUUGAAAGUGUUAAGGCAGUCUCUAUAAUAAAUUUCAAGUAAGUAAAUGCCGAGAUAAUAUAAAUUAAAUUGAGUGAUCAAAAUUUGGUGUAUUUAGUUUAAAUAAGAAAAUUAGAACAAUAGUUUUGAAUAUGAAAGAAAAUGUUUUUUUUAUUCAAUAUCAAAAUUAUAUUUAGUAAAAAAUGAAAUACUAAUAGUAAAAUUUAAAUUAUUUAUCUUAAAUAUUUUAGACUUCAUAUAGUACUUUUUCACAUUCAUCAAAAUUAUGAAUCUGAAAAGCACAGAAACUUUUGUCUGUUUAACUUCCGAAACAACUGAUCUGGAAAUAUAAAAAGUUUUGUAGUUUUUGCUGCUAGUACAACUUUUUUCAUUUUAAAAUAUUACAAUUGAAAAAAAUUCUCAUUCAAAUUUAUAUGCUUCGAGUUGUAAAUGCGUUUUUGGUUGAUAACAAGAAUGACCAUUUAUAAACUUUUUUUGGUAAGGAAUAGUAACUAGUACGAUUACAGGUCUAAUCUUGAAUGAAGCUUUUCGUGUUGAGAAGAUUCUAUUUUUAAAGAAUGAUAUCUUUCGUUGUCUGACUACUGUAAAAUAAUCUGAAAGAAAAUAAAUGCAGAAGUAUUUUCACAAAGAAUGUAUCUGGAUCUUAUUAAAGGCAAUUAUCUCGGCAAUUCUGGUUUACUAUAUUGUAUAUUAACUCUUUAAUUAGCAAAAGGAUUUUAGAUAUCCCCAAACAGCCUCACGUUGCUCCUUAGCAUCGUGCCGAGCAAUAGAGGGUUAAUUUGUAUGCGCUUAUUUAAUUUUGUAUGUAUUUCAUUUUAAUAUAAUUGUAAUACUGUCCCGGCCAUUUAGCUUGAGUAAAUUCAAUUUCGUUCUUAUUUUAAUAAUAUUUAUUAUUAGAGAAACUCUAAAUUUGACGCAAUUAUUAAUAUUUUAUUAAUAUUGAAGUAAAUGAGGGAAAUUUCUCAUUUAACUUCCUCCUUAUAUCGUCCCUGAUGCUUUGCUUAGAUUUACUAAAAGUAAGCUUUGUAAGUUCUCUCUGAAAUUUAGAGAUGUAUCUUAAAAUUUGACUGUGAAAAAAAGUAUUCUCUUUUAUGCGUAAGACCGUUAUUAUUUCAGGAUUAUUCAGGAUUAUCCUGAAGCAAACUUUCAGAUUACAGAAUUUUUUAUUUUUAGUCUGAAAAUUUCAAAAUCAUAACAAAGUAUUUUGUCAUGUUUUAAAAUUCUGAUUUACAUAAUUCUUAAGACUUAUUUAUUAAAGAAGCUUAAUAUAAAAUUUCAGGUUUAGUGUUCUUUCAUAAUUUGCAUUUUCUGUUGAAGUUCAUCUCAUUUUCAUGAAAAUCGUUGAACAUUUUGUAAAAAUAUUACAUUAGAAUAGUUCAAUAAAAUUUGUAUUUCUGUUAGUAUUUUAGAUUAAUAAAUAUAGAUGAGUCCUUUAAUUAUUUUGCAUUUACAUUCCUGUAUCUACUUUGCUUUCUUUACAUUCCAUUUUUUUAGCUAUUUUGUUUUAUAUGUUAUAUGUUUACACAUGUUUGAUUUUAGUAGUUGUGCUUUUAGAUAAUGCUUAGUUCCUUUAAUAUAUCAUUUUGAUUUGUACAAAGUAAUCGUUGAAUAUUUUAUAUGAGAAUUGUUUUGUCUUUUAAAUAUAUGCUAUGCACAGACACAGAUUUUGUAAAAUUUGUUGUUAUACAAUUUUUUAUAAUCUUAGAAUAUUUUUAUAUUUUUUCAUGCAAACUAUCAUACAUCAAGAUGAUUUCUUUAUAUAUAUAUAUAUAUAUAUAUACAGUGCAGACUUCCUCACAUUUGAUAUGGAGGAUUGAUUCUUGUUGAUUAAUGCAUCAAAUGAUAAUUGAAUCUUCAUUAUAGUCUAAAAAUAUUCUGACUCGCUUAGGUUGGUGUAUCUUUAACAUUUCACCAUUUUGAUUCUUAAUAUGUAAUAUAGAAACGUAUAAUACAAGUCAUUAAUUUUUUCCUGCAAAUUUAUUCAUUUAUUUAAAAAACCUUCUAAAUCUGUAAUAAAACAUUUAUUUUAAAGAGAUGUUAAUAAACUUAGUUUUAAAUUUCCAUGACUUAAUUUAAAACAGUUUUUGGCAUUAGGAUUGAAUUAUCAGAAUAUAUAUACUACUACAUUAAAAAGUUAUGGAAUUUAUUUCAUUACAGAAAAAUGAAUGCUAGUAAGAACCUGUUUAUUAGGCGUUUCCUUUGAGAUAACUCCUUGUGCAACUAUGUAUUUUUGCCAUUAUAUUCAUACAAAACUGUAAAUGCAGAUUACAAGUCUCCCUUUCACACCUCCGUGCCUUUGCCAUUUUACUUUGGAAAUUGAGAGGUGACGCCCCUUAAGACAUUUUUCACAUGGGGAAUUUAGAGGAAUGAGCUAGUUGCAUAAAUAUUGAAAUAUGAUGUUUUAACAUCAAGAGGGGGGGGGCUGCGAGCUUGUGCCUUAUUGUUAUAGAACACUUAUGACUUGUACGGCCUUCUGUACCACGGUAAGUUCUGUGUGCUUGCUCUACUGUUAUUUGAACUGAAUGAAACUUGUUCUGAUGAAUUCCAAGCUGGAAGUUAACGUGAGGUUUGUCCUGAUCAUAUUGCGUAGCACUUCGUCAUUGACAUCUGAUGGCUUUCCUGAUCUGGAUUCAUCUUUCGAAGAAAAAAUCACCCGUACGAAAUUUCGCAAACCAUCUUUGGCAUGUUUGAGCUGUUAUUACGUCCUCUCCCAACACGCCACACGAGUUUUUUUUAUUUGCCUCUAUUGCUUUAUUCUCUUUUUGGAACUCGCACAACAUACAAUGUCAUAAGUGCCCCUUUUUUCACUCUCGUUGACAGUUUUAGAAGUUUAAAAAAAAACUGACUAAAAUAAGAAAAAAAAAAAAAAAAAGACUAAAAUACGUGUAUGCAUCAAUUAUAUACUAAUCUAAUUGUUUAAACCGGUUUUCAGUCGGAUCAGAAUUCUUGUUAAGGAUCGGUAACGCAUAAACGCGCACGUGUUCAGAAACGACAGAACUUUCUCUUAUACCCAAUAGUAUCAAGUAUUUUUUCUAGAGGCUGCUAUGAGUUGUAGUAGGAUCUCGAGAUUUUAUAAUUAGGGUUUUGAGAUCUGGUACAAAGAUUUCUUAUGCAUGAAGAGCUUUGUGCCUUAAUCCUUCCAUGGGAUUGCGCAUCCUGAAUUUAAUGAAAAAAUUCGUGGUUUAAAAUUGUUUAUACGCUGUUCGUAUCCUUAAGAAAAUUGCAAGGUGCAUUUUAAUAAGAUUCUCAUUAGUUUCAUUAGUGGGCGCCAACAUUUCAUUUUUUUUUUUUUUUGUCAUCUGCCAAAGGAAUUAGACUUUCUGGUGAAAUAAAGAGUUAAUAGUGUUUUAAAUCUGUAUUUAUAAUGUUUUUUUUAUUGUAUAUUCAAUUUAUAAAACAUUAAAUUCAAAUAAAAAUAAAUAUUUUAUUUAUAAUGUUAAUUUUACUUAUCUUUUAUUCAAAAAGUGAUGAAAUUAGUACAUGUUGUGUAUGUAAAAGUAUAGCUUGUGUAUUGUUAUAAUAUAUUUCAAAUAAGAAAAAUUAUGAAUUUUUCCUUUCUUGCUUGAAAAUUCAUUUGGGUAAAAAUUAGUCUAUAUUGAAGCCUGUUUGAAUUUAUGAUGAUUUUAAAAAAUCCACAAAGAGAAAGUUUGUGCUGUAUAGCGAUUACAUUUCAUGAAUAUUUAUUGUAAUUGAAUUUCUAGUCCCAGUCUAUCCAUAUCAUUUAAUUUAUGCUAGAAAUUUGUGUUUUUUAUACUUAUGCAAAUAAAAUGAAAGUUAUAAAUGUUA